ACUCAAAUAUCAUUUUCAAAAUUUCAAAUAUAUUUUAUUACACCUUUUUUCAAUUUCUUUGUAAUUUUUUUUAUUUAUAAUUACCAUGAAUUUUCUCGAUAAUGUAUUCAAACAAAGUUUAGCAGAAAAUGAACGAAAUUUAACAUUUUGGCAAGACUAUUUGAAUAACCUUAAGUCUUUGGAUUUUAGUACAUUUAGUGAUAAGUUAAAAGUGCCUAUUUUAGUGCCCAUUGGUAAUAAAAUAUUAUUUAGAGGAGCUCUCAAACAUACAAAUGAAGUUACAGUUGCUCUUGGAGCUGAUUAUUUUGCUAAGUGCUCAAUAAAACAAGCUGAAAUAUUACGACAACAUAGAAUAAAAGAUGCUCAGGCAAAAGUAGAUCUGUACACAAAGGAGAAAGAAUAUUUAGAAAAUCAGUUAACAUUUAAUAUAAGUAAUGUAUAUGAACAACCUGGACAAGACAUCAUUGAGACUUGUACAGAAGAUGAAGACAAAUUAUGGAGGGAAAAGCAUAGAGAAAGAGUCAGGCAAUACAAUCAGAGUGAGGAAAAGAAAAAAGAGAAGAUUGAAAGUGAAAUGACUGAUGAGGAAUUGUGGAAUAGAUUAGAGGAACUGGAAUUACAAGAAGAAUUGGAAGCUGAAUAUAGGAGCAUGACAAACAGAAACGACUCAGACUCAGAUGGAAAUGAAUCAUUUAUAGUGAAAGAUGAAGAAGCCAUCACCUUUCCACAAAGUACAAAACAAACUGAGCAACAGAAGGAAAAUAAAGAAGUUAGUAGAAAUAUUAAAAGUGAUACCAAUAGAGAGGUUGACACAAAAUCAAAGGUAGAUUUAUUAAAACAGGUUAUAGAUAGGCAAAAAGAUUUAGAAGUUAAACUUAUAGAAUUGAAGAAUAAGGAGAGAGGUAGAUGUCAAACAGAACAAGAUUUAAUAGGAAAAUUGGAUGAAAUGGAACAACUUGAUGAGCUGGAAGAUGAAAUGGAAAGAUUAGAUGAUAUUCUAAAUGAAGAUUCAGAUGAUACUGAAAUAUCUGAAAUAUCCGAAGAAAGAUCAACAUCAACAUCUCUGAAGAAAAGUGUUUCAUUUGCUGAUGAAGAUAACAGUGAAACAUUAGAAAUAACAUUUAAACAUUCAGAUGUAGAACCAAAUACAGAACCGUACAUUCCUGAUAAGGGAAUAACCAAACCAAGUGAUAUAUAUGAAGCAUAUUCUAAUUUAUUUACUGAUGGAACAACUUCUAUAUUAAGAAAAUCUAAGUAUGACAAUGAUAAAUCAGAAACAAUUGCUCCAGAAAUAACAAAUGUACAACCAGAGGAGGAAUUGAGGCAUACUAUUGUUGUAAAGGAUGUUAUAGAAAAGGCAGAAUGUAAUGAAAAAUCUAAUAAUCCGUCAAGACCAGUCAGUUUGUUUAAAAAGAGAAGGCAACAAAAACCAUAGUUGCAUGAUUGUAACAAUUUGUUAUAAUGAAAUACAUAUAUAAACAAAAUCA